AUGACAAUUAAUGCAACAAUGACUACUCCGAAGAGAAGGCAAACUUUGCAAGGACAAGUAACAGCAACCAAUAAAUCUUCCAUAAAAUCUAAAAUAACGAGGAGCGCCAUAAGUUCGCCAAUGUCUUCAGGUCCCCCUUCACCCAAAAUACAUAUGAAAAGUAAAUCACUAACAAUACGUGGUUCACCAAAGAAAGAUUUAAACUCUGAGAAUUCAUCAGAAUUUUUAUUUGAUGAGAAAGAUACAGCAACAACGGCAACGACGGAAUCUAUUGCGUCACCUGUUCAAUCUGAUCAAACUAAUCCCGAAGAAUCUGACCCAAAUUCAGCUAGUAUUAUUACAUCACCGACAAAAUCAUUAGAAAAUCAUGAAUCAAUAGAACAAGCAAUAAAAACAUUAGAAGAAAAAAUAAAAUUAGAUCAACAUGAGCAUGCUAUACAUAUUUUAUUACGUCAAAUACAGCAACCUGAAUAUAAGGAUGAAAUGGUUGAUGAUGAUUCUUCUACCGUCGUAAACAAGAAGCCAGUUCGAACAAACACCAUGAAACCAUCCGAAAGAAAAUUGGCCGGUACAUUUCCAAGAUCAAGAACCCAAUCUGGACUUUAUUCAUACAAUAAUAGUUCACAAAGACCACAAUCAAGUAUUGAACCACAACGUAAAACUACAGUUGUUUCAACUUUAUCAACGAAAAAUCUUUGUACUUGUAGAGAUCCUGAUAAUGAGAAAAUGCGAACAAAAUGGAAACGAGAUACUCGAAAGAGAGUAGUUUUGAAAUUUUUACGAAAUUCUGAACAAAUUACCCAAGAAUUUGUUGAUGAGUUUGCGGCCUACUAUAAACGAAUUUCAUGGGAUAAUUCUAUGGGAGACCUUGGAUUAUGUCGUCCAAUUGACAAUAAACUCGAAGAAGGACAAGUUUAUGGAGUUUUACCUUAUCUUGCUCCAGAAGUUAUUAAAAAACAAGAAUUUAGUAAAAGCUCAGACAUUUAUAGCUUUGCUUAUAUGAUGUGGGAAAUAUCUUCAGGCAUGAGGCCAUUUAGUGAUAGAGCACAUGAUUCUGAAUUGGCAUUUGAUAUAUGUAUGGGAUUGCGUCUUAAGCCUGUAGAUGGGACUCCGCCGUGUUACACUGCGCUCAUGGAACAAUGUUGGGAUCCGGAUCCUUCCAAAAGACCAAGUGCAGAAUCGUUACAUAGAACUUUACAUGAUUGGGCAAGGAAAAUUAUCGAGACACCAAAACUCCCUUAUAAGGUUAAUACGGAAUUCGCUGUUGCCGAGCAAUGGCGUAUUAGAAGAAAUUCAUCAACAACUGAAGUAAUUCACCCAAAAGCUAAAUAUACAAGUCAACUUUUUGACUUUCGUGAAUUGAAUAUUCCUGACACGGAAGAAAUGGCUUGUGAAAUACCACAUCCUGAGCAUGCUCAAUGUGAGUCAUCUCAGCCACCUGCCGCUGAAAGUAAAAACCCUCCUGAUCUAGAUCAGAAAACUCCGUCAAAGGAACAUGUUGAACUUGAAUUCUAA